AUGGAGAGAUUUGGUGGCUUUCAAAAGUUGCUUCCAAUGGUUACAUCCAGCAAAUAUCCGGUACUCAAUAAGCCCAAGGAGCGCACCCGAAUCUUCCUGGAAGACGAACAGUGUUUUGAAGUGGCUCAUUCUUACUUCUUUACCACGUUCUGCCUGUUAGAGGGUAGCAACGAUAAAGGUUUAUGGCCAAAGUCUAACAGCGACCGUAUCCUCUGGCGAGAUUGGGGCCAUCGCUAUAUUGAUCCAGCUAGCGACUGGAACGAGCAAGAGCCUUUGGCUAAACACACAAUGGACGAGAUGAUUUUAGGAGCAUUCCUGCCCCAGUUGGAGGCCUACCUACGCGCCACAGAGACGGAGUCACUGGAGAGACCGGCUGACGACAAUUUAUCUCGGAGUGCACAAAACUUUUUCCAGAACCAGGAGAUGACACUCACGCUUGUGUUUGCAACGCAUAUCUUUCUAGACAUUCACUACAUCCUGCGUGACGAAGUAGGUAAAGGUUUUAUGAACCUGAAAGUCAUAUCUCGUCACAUUGAAAACUCACUCAACAAAGCCUCGACAUUUCAAAGUUCUUACCAUAGCAAGACAAUUACCAGCGGCAAGUUUGACAGGACGCUUAGUCUUAUCAGCCGUUGGGUAAAGGAGGAUCCAAUACAGGCUGAUCAUCGUUUAAUGGGUGUUCCUUCCGGUGAGGAGUUUAAGUUCCUGAAGAGCCACCCCCUUCUCUCCGGUCUAUUUGCAUUCAGGCUUAGCCUUGGAUUUCAAGAAGUCGGCUUAAGUUUCGUAAACGAAACUAAUGCUAUUACAGACAUAGUGCAUUUGUGUAAUGCUCUGGAUCAGGAAGGGCUUUUCAGUGGACACUGGAAAGACAUGGGGCUACUCUGCCAUCUUCAAGGACAGGAGGCAAUCUUGGGUGGUGUAGCGAAGGACAGAGAGGGCUACGACCGAAAGCAUUCUCUAGCCUGGGGCUACUCUGUCACCGAAUUUGCUCGCAACAAACGAAACAAGCCCAAUUCAAAAGACGGAAAAUCGUAUCUCUCCGGUCGGGGUAGGAAGAUUCUGGCCGUUCUGGCACCGGUGUCCCAGAUAUUCAAGAACCGUUACGACGGCUCUGGCCGCGUAGACUUCACAAAGAAGGAUCUCGAGAAAAUCGCUAUUAAAAGCGGCUGGGUCGUCGAUGGUACCUCCUCGGCGCUCUUACAGGCCCUGUGCAUUGCCUUGGAUGAAGAAGCCCUCGAUCUCGCCUUCGAUUAUGCCACGUUGCAUCGCGUAUGUUGGCUGGUGCUGGGCAAGAUUAGGGAGAAGUGCAACGACAAGCUUCGCGAUAUGCAUGGCCCACUCUAUAAGCCACACUCAACUCCCUUAACUCCUUUUGUUGUCGGCUUUGUUCUUGGUGCUGCGGCAGACGAUGCGUUUAUUGCGGACAAAGCAGCAAAGGCCAAGGCUGAUGUUGUCAAGGACGGUGUGCUGGAGCAGACUGCGGAGGUCGUGAAUGCCGUUGCCUGCAAGGCCUUUGGGGAAACAGUGACGAAACUCUUAGAGGACAACUAUGGUAUGCAGUUUGAGUUUUAG